GGAAGGUUUAAUUGUCCCCUAAUAACCAAACCCAAAAAACUGAAAAAGACACAAAAGUAAUGGAACAGAGACAAUGGAGAAAGACUGGUAACAUUUAUUUUACACUUCUCGUUUCUCGCUCCAUCCCUCAUUUCAUCUUCAUCUUCAUCUUCUUCCCCCAUUUCAUUCCCCAAUUUCAUCCCCAUUUUCAUAUUCAGGUGUGUUGUGCAUUGUCUGAGCCUUAUAAUGCUUCAUUCUUUCAUGGGUUGAGCUUUGAAGAUUAAACAAUGAUGGCGAGCUUAUACGAGGAAGAAGAGUAUCGGUUUUUCGAUGCUCGGGAUAGCAUUGGGUCAGUGGAUUCAGUUUCUGAAGCAGAUGAUGAUUUGGUGGUUAAUGGUUUCCAAUAUGAUGUUUGGUCUGUGGCUCCUAAAAGUGUUCACCAGAGGAAGAAUACUUUUCUUAAGUUUAUGGGAUUAAAGUCUGAAGAUCAAGUUGUCGAAAAUGAAGACGACGACGAUGAUGAUGAUAAGGAGGAUGACAGGGUGUCGCGUACGAGUCGUACGAGUGGAGCUGUGUUGAGAAGUGAUGUGAAAGAAGAGGAUGUUGCUUCAACGAGUUGCUGUAAUUCGUGUUCGUUGAGGGUUCGAGAUUCGAAUGGCGAAGAGGAUGGAGGGAAGUUAUCAGAAGUGGUACAACCUCCAUUGGUGCAGAAGGUUGUAGAUAGACAUGUUAAGGUUGCUGAUACCAUGUCUAGAACAGUGAGCAAAGUGAAGGGUCAGCUGUUGGAUAGGUUACGGUCAAUGGCGUGUAAUGCUGUUCAGAAACGGGUUAAGCCUCGUUGUAUUGAAUCGGCUCAGGCUCACUGGGCGAAGGUUCAAAGGGUUAAAGUUCAUCAAAGUAAGAAGCGGUUGAAAGAGCUUUCGGCUGUGUUUAUCGGUCAGGAUAUCCAGGCUCACCAAGGUUCGAUUUUGACUAUGAAGUUUAGUCUUGACGGGCGUUAUUUGGCUAGUGGUGGUGAAGAUGCGGUUGUUCGUGUUUGGCAAGUUGUUGAAGAUGAUAGAUCGAAUGAAACAGACAUCCCAGAUGUCGACCCGUCUUGUUUAUACUUUACUGUGAAUAAUCUUGCUGAAUUGGCACCAUUAAUGGCUGAAAAACAGAAGAUUAGCAUGCUGAAAAGCUUGAAAAAGACUAAAAAUUCAGCUUGUGUUAUCUUCCCCCCUAAAGUGUUUAGAAUAUUGGAGAAACCCGUUCACGAGUUCCGUGGACACAAAGGCGACGUCCUUGACCUCUCAUGGUCAAAAGAUAACUUUCUUCUGUCAUCGUCGGUUGAUGAAACCGUUCGGCUAUGGAAAGUUGGCAACGACUCUUGUCUCAAAACAUUCCCGCAUAGCAAUUACGUGACGUGUGUUCAGUUCCAGCCCGCGAACGAAAAUUAUUUCAUAAGCGGUUCAAUUGACGGAAAAGUUAGAAUCUGGUCCGUUUCGGGUUGCCAAGUCGUCGACUGGAUAGACAUAAGAGAAAUAGUCACUGCUGUGGCCUACAGUCCAGAUGGAAAGGGUGGCGUAAUCGGAUCCAUGACAGGCUGUUGCAGUUUCUUUAGCAUCUCCGAAAACCGGUUCCAGCUAGAAGCUUCGGUUUCAUUAAAUAGUAAAAAGAAGUCACCUUGCAAGAGGAUAAUCGGAUUUCAGUUUUGUCCACAAGAUUCAAGCAAAGUUAUGGUCACUUCUGCUGAUUCCCAUGUCAGAAUUCUCCAUGGCCCCAAUGUGAUUGGAAAAUUUAGAGGUCAAAGAAAUGCUGGAAACCCGUUUUGCGCAUCGUUUACAUCAGACGGGAGGCAUAUAGUGUCGGCUAAUGAGGAUUCUAACGUAUAUGUCUGGGACUGUGAUAAUCAAAACAAGUCUUCCGUUUUUAAACAAAAGACGGUAAGAUCUUACGAGUGGUUCUAUGCCGGUGCAUCAGUAGCGUUACCAUGGUCGGGCGGAAGUGCACACACAAACCCGCUGGCACCAUGUUACUUUUCUCUAGGUCAAGACUUUUUUCUAGAAUCGGGUUCGAAAGGUUCUGCAACUUGGCCUGAAGAAAAGCUUCCAUCUUCCGGUCCGUUAUGUAAAUCGAGAUACAAAUUCUUUAGAUCGUCUAGCCAGAGCUCGUAUGACAGUCACAAGUGGGGUAUGGUGAUUGUUACAGCAGGCUGGGACGGACGGAUCAGAUCGUUUCUAAACUAUGGGCUACCGGCAACCGUCUGAACUCAAAAAAGUGUUUAUGGAAUGAGCAAACCAGGACCAUCAGUUUAAUCAUUUGGUACAGUGGAAACAGCCAAGCCUGCCGUAUUUGAUUGGGAUCCUCUGAAUUACUUAUUCAAGAAAAAUUACAUCUUCGGGCCCGGGUGGAUAUGGAGUUCUCCUUGCCAAUGGGGCCUGUUAAAGAUGUCGCGUUUCAGAAGAGUGGGGCCGCCUGCAUCCGUUAAAACGAGAAGCUGGUGGUUGUGACUUUUUAAGAGGUGGGUGGUACGGAGGUAUCUUGGCAAUUGGCAGCAAUGAAUGAUUGAGAACCAAGUGGGGUAACAACCUAAAUGAUUAAAUGGGUAGCAUAUGACAGAUGUGUUUUAUGUGGCUAUGGCUUUACUUUUGGUCCAAAGAAGCAAAAGAUCAGAGGGGCAAUGUUGUCUUUUUAUUUACUAACAAAGCUGCAAGAGGAGGAUGUUUGGCAUUCUGUAGUUUAAUGCCUCCUUUUUAUUGCAACAAUGAGGAAGAUAAUGAAGAGUAGGUGCAAUGUACAGAAGUAGUAGUAGUAGAUCAUCAUCAGUUUAUAUGGUUUUUUAUCCAACUGUAUUUAUAAUUUUGGCUCAAUUUGAUUAUUUGGACAUCCUCAAAAACCCUAGACUGUGUGUACACAUUGUUUGCAGGAUUCAAAUUAUAUCCGAUUGCAAUGUUGUAAAAAUUGCUACGCUGGCGGUGGAGGACAGACCAACGAGAAUCGGAUUAAAAUUUUUAUAUGUGUUUUUUCAAACUUAUAUACACACAUAUUGAUAUGAA